AUGCCCGGCUCCGCCAACCGCCCCUGGGACGAAAUGAACUCCCCCAUCACUCCUCCCCAUCCCUUGCCGUACCGUCAGCCCUCGUACUCGGCCGCGCAGAAGCACCUCGCCUUCUCCCCGCCCCCUUCAUCGUCAGCUCACGGUAGCGUCCAGGUUGCGGAGGAGGAAGAUGAUGGUGGGUGGGGAGUGGACUAUAAUCCUUCAGGCAAUAAGAAGAGGGGGAAGAUGGCACGGGGCGUUGAGACUUCAUCUUUUGGGAUCAUGCUGGGCACUGUUCCGCCUAUCAAGCAGGCGUACCAGGACAAGACUCGAUCUGCUUCUCCCGCCCAGCAGGAAGCGCGCUCGGUCCCUGCACUCGCACAGACUGUGGAGACGUACGAGCCCGAGGUGGUCCAAGUGGCCGAGAAGCCGACUGCGGAAGAAGGCACCAACUCCACCGACCAGCAGAUCGCCAAUGUCCUCCUUGGCUCCGGGAUCCCUCUGACCGGUGAUAUUCUGAGCCGCCUCAAGCAGCUUCUGGACAAUCAGCUCCCGCCCGUCCAUCCAGCGGCGGUCCCUACCGAGCAGGCUCCGGCUCCUCACCUGCCCCCUCAUGCGGCUCCGUCAGUCCCGUCCGCUCCGUCCCAGGUGGCCAUGGCCGGUGCGGACGCAAGCACCCCAGCUCCUGCCGCUUACCAAAGCGUUAUCAUCGGUGGCGAGUACAAUGGUCCAAUCGGCGCUCCUCCUCCCGGUGUCCGACAUGGUCUUUUCGAUCCUAAUCGGGUCGCCCUGCCCAACCUCAAGUGGGGAAGGAAGACGCCCGAGGUGAGGCAGAGCGAGGAGCGUCUUGCGCCCUUCUCUUCGAGCGCUGCUAUUCCCCCUCCGCCGCCCGGAGUCAACGGACACCCCGCCUUCACUUCCGACCAGAUUCCUCCUCCUUCUACCGUCCGCGGACAGGGAGCAGAUGACGCCGUCUCGGACGGAGGGUGGAUGGAGGACGCCAAAACGCCCACUCCCGCUCCCGCACCCAAUCUAGCGCCGGCGUUCGCGCCCACCCAUACUCCCACCUUCGACCCAAAUCCCCCCCUCGCUCCAGCUCCCGCAGCCGACUACUUCAAUCCCAACCCCACCGAAAAGUCACUUCCGCACGGCGGCUGGGCGCCCGAACUCCAAGCUCAAGCCCAAGCGAUAGACGAUACAACCCCCGAUGGAGGCUGGGACCCCAAGAUCAAAGUCCUCAACUGGGCUCGGGAUGUCUCGCCACCAUCGGCCACCCCGCACACUCCUCCGCCCAUCAUCAGGGAUGAGGCGGAUGCGUCUGUUUUCCUGCUGGGCGCCUCGGUUUCGGAUGGAGAGAGCGGGGCGGAUACGGAUCUGCCUACGCCUGGGCGGGAGGUACGGCCGCUCCAGGAGUUUACGGGGCAGGGGUAUACGGAUAACCCGCCGGCUCCCACUUCCACCGUCCAGUCAUUGACUAUCGACAUGCGCACGCACCAAUCGACCGAAGGGGAAGCUCGAGCUCCGCGGCCGCGCAAGCAUUGGGAGCGGUCUGAUGCCUACUACAAGCGGGACCCACACCCUGCCUUCAGCGUCCGUUUCGCGAACAAGCGGAUCUUAGUCCGCUUCCCUUACGCCAUCCGCCGGAAUAUUGCCAAGAAGGCGAUGUAUGACCACUUCUUAUCGUAUGGGUCUAUCCGCAUGGUAUGGUUCCACGAGCUCUACGCCGACGAGUCAUGCAGCUCAGUCUUGCUCGUCUUCGAUGACGAAGGAUCCGCCGAGGCCUGCCUCGCCGAUCCCAAGCACGCGGAAUGCUACAUCCAGCCAGACGGCAGCCGGUCCGAACCCAUCCUCAUCAACCUCCACGUCUCCCUCUCGCCGAAAUACCUCCUCUGCCGUACGAUCUGCGUCAGGCUCAGCGGUCAGCGUCCCGACAGUCGGUCCCGCUCGGCCUCUCCACCCCGCCGAGCUCGAGCCGGAACCGAUAUCGCCGAAUCCGAGUAUCAGUCCGGUACCUUGCGUCACCCGGAAGAGGCCGGAUUCAAUAUGCAGCCACUUCCGAGCGUCGUCCAUAUCGACGCGGUGCCCAGAGAGAAUCACCGUACGAGAUUGCCUGAAUUCUGGGCACGAGUACGACCGCAGGGCGAUAGGCUGGAGGAUGUGCAGAGCAAGACGUCCAAGGCGGCGGUCGCGCGGAUCACGUCGAUUGAGUUUGGACGUAGGAUCGCCGAGAAGGACAUCGUUCCUCGGCUGUGCGAGAUCUUUGUCGAGAUCGUACAUAUCGUCCCGCCCACGCAGCGCGGCGAGAGCUGGCUCGUCACAUUGAACGGCCGUACUGAUGCGCGGUCCCUGAUGGAUGAGUUGAUGAAGAUCCCGGGAAUCACCACGCACUGGGCGCCCGACGGUGUCGGCUUGCCAGAUGACGAUACGCCUCCAUAUCGUCCCUCAGCGGCGGACCGGGUCGACUGGUUCGUCCCCGACGACAAGGGCGUGGACGGCGGUCGUUCGCACGCCGAGCCGGAGUCGAAGCCGGGACCAAGACAACCCCACGUCGACCCGCGUCGCAACCCGGACGAGCAGGAUCCUGCUGCGAAGCAGUCCCGACCAUCCCCCCCGCCCCUGCAGAUCUCGGCGGCAUCGACGGUCGCCCCUCGAUCGACAGUGGCGGCAGCGCCGACCUCUCCGUCUUCUCCGGUCUUGGAGCAGGCCAUCCCUACCCCUUUACUCCCCGCGGACGAGAUUGACCCGCAAUACCCUCACCUCCGCAAGAGGAUUAUUCCCAUCUACCGAGGUCGGACCCUCCGGGAGGACCUCUCGGGCGAGACACCAAGCUACGUCGAUGAUGCGGCGGUGUUUGCGGGAAGGAUCGUCAAAGAGUCAGAGACGGAGCAUACCCUCUUUGAGCGGUUCAGCCGGUACGGGCAGAUCUGCGGGAUCGAGUACAACCCCUUGCGCGUCCAGACGACCUACGCGACUGCUAGGAUCUUGUAUAGUUCCAAGGCGGCCGCUGAUCGCGCGCUGCAGUUUGAGCAAGGCGCCAUCUCGUUUGGCUCGAUGCUGAAGGUGGAGAAGCGUCGAGUGCUGGCGAGUGACGUUCAGCUGGAGGAGCGGUACAUUGACGAAUGGGGACGGGCAUACAGCCCCUCCAUGGUCUCGCAGUACUCCCCACCUCAACGCCCGGUCGAGGAUGAUUUGAUGUUCGUCCAGCCUCCACCGCUCUUCACUCCGCCGCCGAUGUUUCCCCCUCCCCAGCAGAUGCAGUGGAUCCCGUUCCCGCCACCGCCGGGGAUGCAAGGUCCGGUGACGGACGGUCUCGCUCAAGGACCGCCUCAGUCUUUUCCGCCGUUCCCGUUCCCGCCGGGGCAUCAGCAGGGAGGUGGUCAGUCAGGUCCACACUCGCAUUUGAUGCCGGUCCUAUACGCUAUGGGAGUCGGAUACUACCCUCCGCCCAACUACCCACAGCCACCUCAUAUGGCGAAUGGACCCGGCGCGUCGGAGCAACUCCCCACUCCGCCUGUCACCCCCUUUUUUGGGCUCUUCCCCGCUGGUCCUCCUCUCGUCCACACCGGCCCAUCUCAGGCGCCCAAUGACCCCACUCCGGACCCUCCGGCGCCACACCAGCCACCACCCACCUUGGCCGAACCUACCUCCCCAUCCGGCCGUCUCCUGUCGCCUCGGAUCAUCGAGACCAAGAUGAAUAACGGCACCUUCACAGUCAUCUACGACGAGAUCGAGCUCAAGCGAUGGCGUGAAGAAAGGGGGAUCGCGGAGCCUCAUCCUCGGGAAGAUGGUCCACUUCCUGCUUCCCACUCGGCAGCUCCAGCUCCAGGGCAGGAGUAUCGGCCGGUCGAGCGGGAUCUGAGCAACAUCUCGAUCGAUUCUCUAAACCUCGGCGGAUCGGCGACCCUGACGGCGGACGCGUCAUGUGGGAGCUUCCGGACGCACGAGCAGCAGCUGCAGAUGGUCCAGCAGCAGCAGGAGCAGCAGGCGCAAGGCCAGGGUCAAAGGGUACAUGCGCUGCCUGUCCCGUUCAGUCCUCCAAGGGGGAAUGGGCAGUUCAGCCCGGAAACUCAGUUCCGGCCGUACGACCCGUCCCACGCCGCCCAUGCCAAUGGCAACGGCCAUGGCGUCGAUAACGUCCACAACGGUUUCGGUAAUGGAAAUGGUUUCGCCAACGCCAACGGGACUGGUAACGGCAACUCUCACCCCUUCUACCACGAACACCAAGACAGCUAUGGUGCUCAAGGGUACGAGGAGCAGCGAUACCGCGGUCGAGGACGGACGACUGCGCCGAGGGGUCCGAAGGCUCGCCAAGAUCCGGGGAGCCCAGGGCAGGAAAGGGCGGGGUAUGGCUGGCAGGGUCGAUGA